AUGGGUCUUGUUAUCCUCAAAGAACUCAUGCACCGUGUCCAAAAGCGCAAAAACCUUCCCGAGAUUCCUCGCCCAUCCGACUACUUCGAACUUGCCGGUGGCACAAGCACUGGUGGUAUCAUGGGUAUCAUGCUUUUCCGACUACGCAUGACUGUAGACGACACCAUCACAGAAUAUGACAGAAUUGCCAAGAGCAUCUUCAGUCCCAAGUUCUGGGGUUAUGACAUCAGCUGGCUACCUGGUGCGAAAGGCAUCAACAACAGCAAGGCCUUGGUCCAAGACAGUCGUUUUGACGCAUUGUCUAUGAGCAAAGCCAUUGAUGAGGUCGUGGAGAAGUAUGGUCUUGAUGAAAAUGAUAAGAAGCUCAAGGGAAAUGCCCCUCUUAUGCACGAAGGAGGUGCACGUAUGUUCUGCUGCACCACUGCCCAGAACAGAGCCGAGUCUAUGUUGAUGCGAUCUUACAAAGACAGCACAAUUUAUUCCAAAUCAAAGGUCAACGACGCACUUCUCAAACACGGCGACAAGCUCACUAUUAGCAUCGCUGCUCGUGCUACAUCCGCCGCGCCGACCUUUUUCCCCGAAGUCAAGUUCCCCGAAGACAAGCCCGACCUUGUAUUCUGGGACGGCGGUCUUCUGAACAACAACCCCAUCGACCAACUCUGGUACACGCGCUUCGAGCUUGUUGACCCAUCAGAACCAGCCCCUUCGAUCUCAUGCGUUAUCAGCUUGGGUACUGGCUACGUCAGUCCAGGCAAGGCUAAGCCAUCAUGGAUCAAGGUCGUUGGCGUCGCAUCAAAGGUCAUGGACUUUGCUACCAACACCAAUGCUAAGGGCAAGGACUUUUCACGACACAUGAAGCAUUUGAAUGCGAGAGAGGAGCAUAAGGAUACAAAGUAUAUCCGUUUCAACCCUUAUCUGAAGGAGGAAAUUGGUUUGGAUGAUUACACCAGAAUGGAGGAAUUGAAGGACCUUGCUAGGAAGACUAUGGCUGAUCCAAAUGAGACGAACCAGUACUGGAUUGAGCAGGCUGUCGAUGCUAUUUGCGAUACCAAGUAG